AUGGAUAAUCCGCUGUGCUUUGACGAUGACAUUUUUGUUGAAACAAGCUCCAAAGGGAGCCUGGCGGAAAAGGUAUUCCGCCCAAAGUGUGUAGGCGGACACGGGAACAGCAGUGAUCCAGAGUCUUUGAAGAUCUUGUGUGAUUGGCUCUACUUAAACAAACAGUUCGAUCAGUGUCUAACUGUAGCAAGAAAUCUACUCGAUUCUGCUCCUUCGAGUGGAGGCUUUUGUAUCAAAUUCUACGUCGAGUGCUGUAUAAGGUGCUGCCUUAAACUUAAAACAUUGGACGUCAUUCCCGUACUCCUGCGACAACAUAACUUGGCAACAGUGAGUUUAGAAGAUUCGAUAAAUCACUUACGUCUACAUAUGGAUUAUGCACGGGAGAUUAAUUCCCAUUACGACAUCCUACGCUUGCUACAAUGCUUCAUACUAGCCCUUCCUUACACAUUCACAUUGGAAGUAGAUGCACGUCUACCCUGUAUUCAAUCGCUCUGGUGGCAAGAACUUGCAUUUUUAUGGACACAUGCGUGCAACGAGUUUCCCUAUUCACCCUGGUUCAGCAAUGUGGCAGAUCUCUUUGCCAGGUUGACAGUCUCACAAGCUGAUCAACUGGAAUGGAAUCCAGAUGUUUUGGAUAAGCAUGCAGCCAAUGAAUGCAAGACGAUAGCACAAGGAAUUCUGAAGAAGCUUCGGCAUCCAGAUGACGCCAAUGAACAGUCAGCCACUCCUGUGGUGAAUGAGUGUCCAGUUUGUCACAACUGCCCAUCACCAAGGGCGACAGAAUCUCCGGCCGCCAGCAGAGACUUUCGCCUGCCUGCUAUACGACAGCAGGUACACUUCCUCCAUGAAUGCCGGCGAAAAUGUAUCCUUCCUCGUAGAGUAACCUAUCUACCACCACAAAAUCAUCCAUAA